AUGAAGUACCUUGCUGCUUACCUAUUGUUGAACGCCGCUGGCUCCACUCCAAACUCUGACAAUGUCAAGGCUGUCCUAGAGUCCGUCGGUAUCGAAGUCGAAGAUGACCAAGUCUCCAAGCUAUUGUCCUCUUUGGAAGGUAAGGACGUUGCUGAAUUGAUCACUGAAGGUAACGAAAAAUUGGCUGCUGUUCCAGCUGCUGGUCCAGCUACUGGUGGUGCUGCCGCUGCAGCUGGUUCUUCUGAGGCCGCUGCUGAAGAAGAAGCAGAGGAAGAGAAGGAAGAGUCCGAUGACGACAUGGGUUUCGGUCUAUUCGACUAA